GGGAAGAUGGCGGAGCUAAUGCUCCUGAGCGAGAUUGCGGACCCGACGCGCUUCUUCACCGACAACCUGCUGAGUCCGGAGGAUUGGGGUCUGCGGAACAGCCCCUUGUACGCCGGCUUGGAUGAAGUGGCCGACGAGCCGCCGCCUCUCUUUCACGGCCCGGAGCAGGAUGUCCCGUUUGACAGCAGCCCUCUGGACGUGGGCAUGGACGCCAGUCCCCCGGAGCCCCCGUGGGACCCGCUGCCCAUCUUCCCAGACCUCCAGGUGAAGUCCGAGCCCUCCUCCCCAUGUUCCUCCUCCUCUCUCAGCUCGGAGUCAUCCCACCUCUCCACAGAACCCCCUGGCCAGGCCCUGGGAGUACGGGAGGUGCUACAUGUGAAGACAGAGUCCUUGGCACCCCCACUGUGCCUCUUGGGAGACCAUCCGACACCCCCAUUUGAGAUUGUCCAGAUCAACGUGGGCUCCACUUCUGAUGACCUCUCAGAUGUCCAGACCAAGACAGAACCUAUCUCUCCGUCCUCCUCUGUCCACUCUGAGGCCUCCCUGCUCUCGGCUGACUCUCCCCGCCAGGCAUUCAUAGGAGAGGAGGUCCUGGAAGUGAAGACAGAGUCCCCCUCACCCCCAGGAUGCCUGCUAUGGGAUGUCCCCGCCCCCUCGUUUGGAGCUGUCCAGAUCAGCAUGGGCCCAUCUCCUGAAGGCUCUUCAGACAAAGCCCCGCCCCCCCGGAAGCCACCGCUGCAACCUAAACCUGUGGUGCUAACCACUGUCCCAAUGCCUCCCAGAGCUGUGCCCCCAAGCACCACUGUCCUUCUGCAGCCCCUAGUCCAGCCACCCGCAGUGUCCCCAGUUGUCCUCAUCCAGGGUGCUAUCCGAGUGCAGCCCGAAGGGCCGGUCCCCCCUGUUCCACGGCCCGAGAGAAAGAGUAUCGUUCCAGCCCCCAUGCCUGGGAAUGCGUGCCCGCCUGAAGUGGACGCAAAGCUGCUGAAGCGGCAACAGAGAAUGAUCAAGAACCGGGAAUCUGCCUGUCAGUCCCGGAGGAAGAAGAAGGAAUAUCUGCAGGGGCUGGAGGCGCGGCUGCAGGCGGUGCUGGCCGACAACCAGCAGCUCCGCAGGGAGAAUGCUGCCCUCCGGCGGCGGCUCGAAGCUCUGCUGGCCGAGAACAGUGAGCUCAAGCUGGGCUCUGGAAACAGGAAGGUGGUCUGCAUAAUGGUCUUCCUCCUCUUCAUUGCCUUCAACUUUGGACCUGUCAGCAUCCAUGAGCCUUCUGCAGGCCCCGUGUCUUCCCGGAUGGCCAGGGAGGAGCCUCGACUCCAGAGACACUUGCUGGAGUUCUCAGAGCAAGAGCCAGUACAGGAAGUCGAAGCUCUCCCGGGGUUUUCCCCGCACCCUGAGGAACCCCAGGCUGGGCCUGCAGGCCGGCCCAGCUUCAGGAACCUGAGCGCCUUCCCUGGGGGAGCCAAGGAGCUAUUGCUUAGAGACCUCGACCAGCUCUUUCUCUCCUCUGACUGCCGGCACUUCAACCGAACUGAGUCUCUGAGGCUCGCCGACGAGCUCAGUGGUUGGGUCCAGCGUCACCAGCGAGGCCGGCGGAAGAUCCCUCAGAGAACCCAAGAGAGACAGAAGGCUCAGCUGCGGAAGAAAUCUCUUCCAGUUAAGACCAUCCCUACCCAACCCCUGGGGCCCCCAGAAAGGAGCUCCGUGAGCCAGCUGCAGCUCUACCGCCGCCCAGAGCGUUCGCAGCCUGAGUUUCUGGAUGCCAUUGACCGGCGGGAAGACACCUUCUAUGUGGUGUCCUUCCGCAGGGACCACCUGCUGCUGCCAGCCAUCAGCCACAACAAGACCUCCCGGCCCAAGAUGUCCCUUGUGAUGCCCGCCAUGGCCCCCAAUGAGACCCUGUCGGGUCGGGGGGCCUCAGGGGACUAUGAAGAGAUGAUGCAGAUCGAGUGUGAGGUCAUGGACACCAGGGUGAUCCACAUCAAGACCUCCACAGUGCCCCCCUCGCUCCGAAAGCAGCCGGCCCCGACCCCGGGCAAUGCCACGGGUGGCCCCUUGCCGGCAUCUGCAGCCCGCCAGGCCCACCAGGCCUCUCACCCGCCCCUCUACCUCAAUCACCCCUGAGUCCUCCCACUCACACUGACUUAGGACCCAGGGGUGGGGCUCAGGGUGGCCAGCUGGGAUGGUUAGCAAUUGCUCUGCUCCCUGGGCUGGGGCAGCUGUUGAAGGAAGGACAGGGUGUGGAAGGGAAGCACUUGUCUGGAGUUGGGGGUUCACCUCUGUCCUCACCCCUUUUCCAGAUAUACAGGGCUCCUGCAUUCCUCUGAACUCCCAGCCUUGCAACUCUCUUUUAGGGUGUUCAGUGAGGGUGUUUGGUUUUGGGGUGGGCUGAAUCCUGCAUACUCCUUAUUUUGUUUCUCAGUUUGGGGGCUAGAGGUCGGAUUUGAUCCCCAGGUGGGACAGGAACUUUUUUUUUUUUUGGUACUAUACUUCUUGAGCUAGUUUCUGGGAGUACAGGAGGGGUGGUGGAGGAAGAUCAAGUUUAUGUGUGUGUGUCUCUUAUUUUUUAUUAUAAAUAAACAACGUGGAGGAGGGA